GAGGAACGGUGCUUGCAGGUGCUGAACCAGCGCUCGGCGUUGAACGAGGUCAACUCACACGCCGCGGUGGCGCUGCUCAACCUGUGUGCGUGAACGAGCAGUGUCGCGGCUCGGAGGCUCGUUGGCGCGUCGGGUCCGUGGACGCCCGCGAACAGCGACCGCGGUCGGCGCAUGGACGGUCGUGUCGGUGUGUGUGCCGCUGGUGACCGCCGCGCGAAGUGCCUGUGACCGAGUGCAGCGUUUCUUAUAAUGCUUUUACAAUGUUAAUGGAUAUGUCGGAAAUCGUGGGUGACAAAAGCCAAGAGGCGAUAGCACACCUGUCAAAGAAAAUGGGAGACUGUUGCAAAUACGAAGACAUACCGAAAGAAAACGGAUCACCCGAAGAGGGCGGUGACAUGGUGGCCGACGUGGGCGGAACGGUGGAGAGGGGCGUGCCCAGCCAAGGGGGCGUGUCCGAGGGGGCACAGGGGGCGGGCGAAGGGGGCGAACGCUCCGCCCCGCAGCCCCCGAACGGCCUCCCCGACGGCGGAGGAUUCAAAAAGAUCUACAUAGGGAAGCUUAUCAACCCGAAGCAGGACGACGGUGUGUUGGAGGAGGGAGAAGGAGCUGGCGCCAUCAACCUGUCCGCUCGACCGUCUCGCCAGCCGUCGCCGCUCGACACAGAACAGGUAAAGAGACGCAAGGUGAAUAAAGGGGAAUAGGGUGAAUGGAGGAGACAAUAUGAGUAAAGGAGGCACAAGGUGAAUAAAGGAGAAUAGGGUGGAUGGAGGAGUAAAGAUGAAUAAAGAAGAAUAGGAUGAAUAGAGGAGACAAGGGGAAUAAAGGAGAAUGGAUAAAGAUGAAUAGGAGACAGAAGAUGAAUAAAAGAGUAAAUGGAUCAAAUGGGUGGAUGAGAGAGUGAAUAGAUAGGUGAAUGAGAGGGUAAAUAGG